AUGGCCGUUUUAGAAGUUCCCGUUGAAUUCAAGACGAUUUCUGGUGAUGUUGUGAAUCUGAGCGCAUGUUACAAGGUAUUAUUUUCGCUUAAUGAAUAUGUGGUCUGUGAUAAAUUGUACGCUUCAUGUGAUAUUAAAUGAUAAAAAUGUCAACCCAUGGAGGUUUUUUUGCUAAAGAGUGCGAUAAAGCUGUCAAAAGAUCCGUACUUUUUGACAUUUUUACAGCUUUUGGAGAUAAUUCUUGACGUCUUUAUAAUUUUAUUUUCAGGACUGGAGACCGGUUUCGAAAGAAAUCGGGACAGUUAUAGCGAUUCAUGGCUCUCCAGGUUCUCAUGGAACUUUUCGAAAGUUUGGCGAUCCUCUGGCCAAAUCGGGAAUCCGGAUGAUUGCUAUCAAUUAUCCGGGCUUUGGAUGUACUCCUAGUAAAUGAAAUAAGUUUUACUGAGAAAAAAAUAGAAUUUUUAAGGCUAUCCAAAUCAAUCCCACAGGAACGAGGAACGUAUGGCUUUUAUAAAUGGUCUUAUUAAGGCUUUGAAAAUAACUGGGAAGGUAAAAUAAUUAGUUUUUCGAAUAGAAUAUGCUUCAAAUUGAAUUUCGAAUUAACGUUUUCAGAUUGUAUUCAUGGCCCACAGCCGGGGUACUGAAGACGCUCUUUCUAACGCUGCUUUUUCGAAAGUUCGACUAAUUUUUUUAACUGUUUACUUAGAAAAUUAUUUUUUCUCAGGCUUUCGGACUGGUCCUGAUCAAUCCCACUGGCUUGAAAGUUCACAUAAAAAAAAUCAGGCCGAUCGAAAAAUUGCGAGAUUUUAUUGCCCUGUGCAAUGAAAAAGCCGGCGGAAGAACGGAAUAAAAAUUAUUUAUGAUUGUUGGUUUUUUUAUUAAAUUUUUUUGAUGGUGGGAAAAUUAAGCGAUUUGCUUUUUUUCAAAUCACAAACUAUCAUACGUUUUGAACGCGUAACUUUAUUUAAAUAAUAAUUUUUUUAACUUUUUGAUAAAAUUUCCAAACAGAAGUUUUUUUGACCAAAAAAAUAACAUCGGAAUAUUUGUAAAUCUUUUUUUCAUCAACCUCAAGAAAACCUAGCAGUAGUGUUUGAAAAUAGUUAAAUUUUUUUGUUUGAUAACAAUUUUUCAGACGUCACUAAAAAAAUGAAAUUCGAAGUGAAGAACGGAGAAGUUGCCCACAGUUCAAUAUCUUCGGUCAGUACUCUGACUUUCGAGAAAAACUGCUCCGCUUAUUGAGAAAAAUCAAUGAAUUGCCGGUGAUUUGAAACAUUUUUUUAUGUUUAAAAAAAUGAUUAUUUUUCAGACAAAGGUAAUAUUUGCAUAUGGAGAAAAGGAUCCGUUCAUUGAGACGGAAAUUUCUACGGAAGUCGCCGCGAAAUAUAACAAUUUGAGCUAUUUGGUGGGCUUUUUUUUACGCUUCAAAAGUACUUUUUGGUUUUUCCUGACGUCUCAAAAAAACUGUACAAAAGAAGUGGUUCACAAAAAAGCACAUUAAUUGAAAUUUGAAGGUGAUUUUUUCGAAUAGGCAGAUAUGAAAUCUGAAGAGAUUGAAUUUUCAGGUUUUAAAAUGAAACAGAUAGUUUAAGGACGCUAUUUUUCACGAUUCUCGAAAAUAUCAGAGAGAUCUUAAAGUUUCAUACAGAAAAGAAUAGCGAAAAUGGAUUUCCGUAUAUUUCUCCACUGAAUUUUGACUUUUAGGAGCUUUCUAAUGAUGGAAAUCCUGAAGAAUUCCACUCAAAAAUUGAUGAAGUUUUUAAAAAUGGCCGAAAGGUUGUUUUCAUAUGUAUUUCAAAAGUCAAGCUUCAAUUUUCAGGGCGUUCUCUUGAAUUUCGUCGACGGCGACCAUUAUGUCCUCAAUUCGAACCCGGAUUCCAUCAUUAAAUCUGUUAUUUCAAUGCUUCGAUAUGACGAAUUUGCCAAUAAAUUGUGACUUUUUUUUUCGAAAUACCUUUUUGUUGAAGUUCCCUGGUCAGUUAUUACUUUGAUUUUAUUAAAGUUGAAAAAAAAUGAUACUUUUUUGACCAUGUUUUGAUUUUAAGUUGUCCCUUUCACCUUUACCUGCAAUUUACCUUUACCAAGAUAAAUCUUCAAGCAAAGGUUUUUAUAGAUUGAGCCAGGAGUUUUCUGAUUUAUUUAUCGAAAAAUUCAGGAUUUAACCCGAAUUUCUGGAAAAGGACCAGCUAUAUUUUUGUGCAAAAAAAUGUUUGAAAGUUCUUAAAGUAACUCGGAAUUUUUGGAAAACUAGUUUAUAAUGUAGAAAUUGCCAGUUUCCGUUUUUUUCUGUGUCUGACCCGACCUUUAAUUUUUCUUCUUCUAUAUCAUAAAAUGAACUGGAAAAAAAGUAUCAAAAAAAGAACAAAAAAAUAUUUAUGUAAACGUAAAGAAAAAAAUCGCUCCAUUUUGCUUAAAAAGUCGUCAGGAGCGACGGCUUGAUCACUUAUUCGUCAAACUUCAAACAAUCCAAAAAAUGUCUGGUGAGGGUUUUUGGAGAGUUUCAAAGAUAAAAUCGUGGUUGACUUCUUUUUCGAUUGCUAAAAUCGGAUAGUAUGAUAUUUUUCAAGCAUUUUUUGAGAGUUCAGUUUUGAAAAGAAAGAGAAAGAUAGGAUCGAUAAAUUGGGGCCAAAAACUAUCGGAAAUUAACAGAUUUCGAGUUGGCUUUUAAUUUCACGUGCUUAUUUUCUUGUUUUUGCCUGUUUGCAUUCAAAUUAUUGGUCAAAAAAGUUGUUAUUGUUUGAAUUUGUUAUUUUGAGAAAUCCCUGAUGAUUUCUCCGAUUCUUAGGACGUUUUUAUAGGUCAUUCCGCGCCAGCUUGUCACGAUUUUAAAUUUCCUCGGAGCUAAAGAACCUAUUUCGGCGCUUCGCUUCGAUGCUCUCGGUGUUCCCCCUUGCGUGCGCCUUUAAUAAAACAUUAUUUCUGAUUAAGAUAUUGCUUCAAUUUCCUCUAUCUCUUUUUAUUAAUUUACGAAGUUGUUUUUUUAAUGGAUUGAUUUCAUUUUUUUCGCUUUAACUAUACACACUCAGAUUCUGUGCUGGAUUUGUAAAGAAAAAUCAAAAAGAUUGAAUUAUUAUUUUUUUAAUUGUUAUUAAGGAAACCGACUGUUCGAGCCUUUCUUGCAUAUAAUUUUUUUGGGUUAGUUUGAUAUAAAAUUUGACGUUACAACUGUUUUUUUGUAAAAUAAGAAAAAUUCCAAAAUUCGGAAAUAAUGAGUUUUAUUAAAGGCACACGUCAGAGGGCACACCGAGAGCAUCGAAGCGAAGCGCGGAAUGACUUAUAGUUCAUUUCAGCAGCUCAUUGAAAUUUCAUAGCUGAAAGAUUCAAUUUCUUGUAAUUCAUGCUGAUAAUUUGCCAAAUAAUUGCAGGUUUUGAAGAAUAAACAUCAAUUUUUGCUUUUUUUGAAAGCCACUGAAAGACAUUUUAACAUUAUUUUUGGAUAUAUUUAUUAAUUUUUUUGGGCUACAAAUCGUUUCAGAAAUCCGAGGGAUUCUGAAACCGCCAUUCAGGCCGAUUAUAACUUUUCUUCUUUUUUUCGCCGGAAGAAGAAGAAGACGAUGGAGUUACCAUUUUGACCGUUGCAUUUUCAUUCGCAAUUUCUAGAAAUAAGUGAAUUUUUAUCUGAAGUGAUCGAAGAGAAAGAAAAAUGGUUUAUUCCCUGAAAAUAGAAAUUUCUCUGAUAAAACUCGAACUUUUUCUUAUUUUUGUAGUUGGAAAGCUUCAAGCCGUGUGAAAAUUGAUUCCCGCGAAAUUCAAAAUAGUCGUCAGAGAGUGAAAAAGAUCACUAAAUUUCGGAGAGUCAGAGAUGACGCGUCAUAGUUUCCAUGAAACUUAUUUUCUAAACGAAGAAACAGUAAAACAAAUGUUCAAGUUGAAUAUUUUGUUAUUCGAAGAUUCGAAAAUCCCAAAAAUUGUUUGAAUUGAAUUUUUGAAGGCCACGGAGCAUGGAAGCCUCGGAGAGACUUCAAGAAGCCAUGUAUGAUAUAAAACAUAAAGUGAGUUUGAAAAAAAAAGCUUUCGAUUGGAAUAUAUGUAGUUCCGAAUGAUUUUCCGUAAGUAAAUUUUGAGAAAAUGUGGAUAAUUUGAAGAUUUUUGUCGUUUUUUUUAAAUCGUACGUGUCAAAAGUUGCAUAAGAUUUGAAAAUGUUUUGUUUUGCGGGAACUUAAAUCGAGUUUUCAUAGAAAGGUAUCAUUUUAGAAAGAACACGCAUACUUUUCUGCUCAAUUUGGUAUUAGGUGCUCGAACUUUAGAAAAUUCUAGUCUGGGCUAUGAUUUUUGAGAUGAGAUAAAGUAUUGAAAUUUAUGCUUUUUUCAGAUUUUAUAGGAAUUUUUUGCAGGCCCCUUAAGGGAUCGCAGGAUCUAAGAAAAUGAAGAAGCAUUUUUUGAGCUUUUUUGCUUUAAGUAAAUAAAUUAUGAUUUUUGACCUACAGCUUGAGUUAAAAUUUUUCAAAAGUUUGAGCAUUUUGACGAAUUUUCAGCAAUUUUCCUAGUAAAGAUCUUCUAGGCCAACUUCAAGUACGACGAAUGGGCGAACCCGGCCCUCGGCUGUGUCUCGAAAUAUCCCGGUGCUCAUGUGCCGACCUCGGCCAAGUUUUCUCUCGAGGCGAUCGAAAAAGAGGAAGACAUCUCGCGGUCGAAAUCGUUCUCCAACUCGGGGUCCAAGUCGAGGUCGAAGUCGGGCUCCGGGAACGGCUCGACGGCCGGAUCACGUCGCAGCGAAACUGGUCUCGCCGAAUCUGCCGGAAAUACGCCCUAUCGUCGGAAAACGCCGGAGAAGGCGUCGAGGUGAGGCGGAAGGGGUCGCUUGAGGGUUUGGUGUUUUUAGACCUGUCUGUGAAUGUGUAGGCGUUGGGAAAAGCUUUAGUGGCCACCUAGGGUUUUGACAUUUUAGUGGGCACUAUAGUAAUGGAAUUGGCCACACCGACGUUUAAGUGAUCACUAUAGGAGUGGAAGUGGCCACUUAAGAGGCUAAAUUUUAGUGGCCUCUUUAGUGGUGGACUCCAGGAUUCAGACGUCUUAGUGGCCACUACAGUAGUCGAAUUAGUGACCCUUUAAGAGGCUAAACUUAAGUGGCCUCUUUAGAGAUAGACUUCAGGGCCUAGACUUUACCAAGUGGUCCUUGAGCAACCUCUUAAGUGAUCACUAAGGUUUUUCACAGCACCCAAGAGAUUUAACUCUACUGAAAAAAGUCAUUAUCAAAAAAAAAGAAGUAAGUGGCCACUUUAGAAGAAAAAUUGGGGCGAUAAAUUGAGAAUUCUGGCUUUUGUAAUGAUAUGAAGAGAACUGAAAAGGAGUUUUCAAUUUUAAGUGGAAUUCCAAGAGAUCACUUUAGGGUUUCUUUUUUGAACAGAGGGGAAUCAGGCUGAGAAGAGCUAGUAGCCACUUAAGGGCUCCUCAGUUUUUCCCACUGAGAAAAUUCCCAGGGAUCACUUAAGGUUUUCAAUCUUUGAUGUGGUCUCUUAAGCAUCAGGAAGCCGGUUUAGAGGUCUCAAGCUUUCAAAUUAAGAAGUUACAAUACAAUACAAUACAAUAUUUAUUGGUUGUUUUAGUCAGAUGGUAUCGACUAGGCGGUGAAAAAAUUGCUCUUUUGAGCGGCACUAACACCGCCUUUGGCGAAAAAGAAGUCAAAACGUGUAGUCGAUUGAAUUGAAAGCAUGAUCUUACGGUCCUUCGCCUCGUUCUUCCACAAGUUGAUCCCUCAGUUUCGCUUGUACGGGCACGGCGGUGAUGGUCGGGCUCGGGCACGGACUCCGUGCCCGAGCAGUUCAGAAACUUUUUUUCAACAUUUUUAAUGACUAGUUGGUGCAAUUAUGUUUCCCCCUUCAAAGGAUAAUGAAAUGUCUCUUAAAUGACCACUUGAACUUUCCUCUGCUAGAUAGUUUCAUAGGGUCUUGGGAGCUGAAAGUCAUCAGACACUACGAAGCCCUUGAGGGAUCACUUAAGAUUUUUUCAGAGUUAUUCAAGCAAAAUUUUGUUCCCUACAGCUUGCCGUCGACCAAAAAGCUCUCGCAGAUGCUCUGGGAUCGCCUCGAGGCCCACCAAAAGUAUAGGUCGAAAGAGAGCAGCGAAAGAUCUCUGUCGGACACAUCCUGCGACUCCUGUGCAAAUGUCCGUCUGGCGCCGCUCAACUGGGACGAGGCCAAGUUGAUCCGAGAGCCGUCCUCCAAGAACUUGUCGGCCAAGUCGUCCAGCUCCUAUGAGCCCAUCCAACCUGCAAAGAGCAGCGUGAGGCUUCUAAAAGUCGCAUGCGGAAUGGCUCAGCGCGUCGCGGUCGCGCUGCGGUUCGAGUUGAAAACAAAAAUCUUGCACCAAGGCCGGUAACUCAGAUUGAGAGUUCUGGAUGAGAUUGGGUUAGACAUAUUCAGAUUUUCGCCCUGAUUUCGAAUUUGGGCUUGAGAAUUAUCGAGGCGGGGUAAGAAGGCUGAGAAAACGUAGGUACUAGAAAAAUUGAAAAAAAAUAGAAGGAGCUCAUUUUUUGAAGAUAGAUAGAGCUACGAAUCCCGGAAACUUGUAAUGUUUUGGCAGUUUUUUUAAAAAUCUGUUCGGACGUAACUUUAUAUUCAAACUUUUUUGGUAUUUUCUAAACUUUGUUUCAAAAUAACUUCGAAAAAAACGAUAUUCAUUGUUCCAAGUCUCAUCCAGAAGUCUCAGAGAUCAUUCCCUGAUAGGGAUUCCCAGUGCCAAACGGCGUAAGUCGCUUUGUGGUCUGGCGCAAUGUCGCAACGCGUUGAGCCAUUCUACAUGCGGCUAUCCUUGAUUCCCCAUCAAAAUGAACUAUUUCCAGUUCGCCCAAGCUCUUAUCGAGGUCUACUACAAGCGUGCUUCGGAUAAAAGUGUAGGAAAAACAAUUUAUCAAAAAAGAAGGGGAAAUUCAUUUAGGCUCGCACAAAAGUCGUCCUCCUCGAGACGCCCAUCAGCAAUACGCUCGAAGAGCUCAUGGUGUUGGCGUUGGAGAAAUGUGCUUCCGUUGAAAUGUUAGAUUUUUUUUUGGCCAUGGAUUAACCAGAAUUUUCAUGACAUCAAUGCAAUCAUCAUUAAAAAGAUCUUGGAAAAAACAGAAUUUUAGCUCGUAUUUUUUUCGCCUGAACGUUUUUUAAGCUGCACUGGUCGAUCGAGAGGUCGAUACAAGUAGAUACCGGGUAGCAACUCAAGUGAAUCGGCGAAUGGUAAUCGGUGGUCAUUUGUAUGCGACCGGGUACUAUCUCUAUGGUACCUGGAUAGUACCUGAUCGGUAUCUGGAUGCUACCGGGUAGCUACCCGAAAAUCGCGAUUGCUACUAGCUGGCACAUCGGUCGUUUAUUUAGCCCCCGUGUUUUUUUCAAACCUUCCCAAGUCUUCCAGGGGUCUUAUUGGAUAAUGCUGAAACAAAAAUUAACCACCUGGGAAGCAAUUCCAGACUUAUCGGUAGCAGUCGCGUAUUUCAGGUAUCUACCCGGUAGCAUCCAGAUACCGAACAGGUACUAUCCAGGUACAAUAUAGAUAGUACCCGGUCGCAUACAAACGACCACCGAUUAGCAUACGCCGAUUGACUUUUUCAAAAGUUGCUACCCGGUACCUAGUUGUAUCGACCUCGCGAUUCCCCUUUGUGAAAGGUUUGAUAAAUUACUAUCUCUUUGUUUUUUUGGAGCCGAAAUGGUGACCCCUCAGGCGUCAAAACUGAUUUUUAUUCAUUUCCUACAGUUUUGGGUUUCAAAAGCCUUUCACUCUCUUUUUCUUUUUUUUAUUCAAAAAUCAUAACUGCUUUCAUUUAUGAAAGUUAUUGAUUUUGAUAAAUUCCUUGGUAACCCCAAAUAACAUCGACUUUUUUGUCUUAGUUUAGCGGUGAAUGGAUGACCCAAUCUUGAAUUUUGAUUUAUGAACCGAUUUUCCAAAAAUUGAACGAGUAUUGAUCAAUAAGUUCCAGAGGGCCCGUUCGUCAUGCCGGGAUUUACUGUGGUCGGAAAUCCAAUUCCGAUUUGGUCGCGAUUCCUCCGUUCGUUUAUUUUUCCUCUUUCUACAAAGAUUUAUGCAAGAAUUUAUACAGGACUGAGGCCAAAGUGACCCUGGAGACUUUCCUGAAAGACUCGCCGGCUGGAAAAACGGCCGAAUUUACUCUCGACACGGUGGCGUACUUCAAAAAGGUGUCUCUUGAAAAAAAAUGAAUCAAAACAAAAAAAUUGGUAAUUGAAGGUGAACUGCGAGGGUUGGGACUUGAUUAAGAGAAGGAAUGCGCCGGACCUCACUCCGCCUUGA